UAUGGGUCAUGAGUCACAGUCACUUUCAUGAUUGACUUCCGCCCAGGAAGAACCAAAAGCUUCAAGUUAAUAAAGCAUUUCACAAUCCUGUUAACAUGCUUGCUAGGUGUAGCAUUGCUUAGCAAUACACUCUAUGCCUGUCAUCGCCGUUUUAUAGUUUUGUUGUAUCCUGCAUGUUUGAAAGCCAAUUCUUGGUAUUGCACGGUCUUUCGACUUUGACAAGUUUUUCGACUAUUCGUGAAAAUAACAACCCUACAUGAGCCAAAAGAUGACCUCAUCAUUCAGGCAAGCUGUUCAUAAGAACCUAGAGUGCCCUGUCUGUCUGGGCUUCUUAAAGGAUCCCAAGAUUCUAAGAUGCUUCCAUACCUUCUGCAAGGGUUGUUUAGAAACCCUACUCGAAUUUCAUCAAGAUAAGCAAAGCAUAACAUGUCCAAUAUGCAGAGAGUCCACACCAAUUGCAAAUGGAGACAUUAGUAAAAUGCCGACAUGCAUAGCACUGGCAUCUAUGAUAGCUGAUGUGGCGACUCAAGAAAAGGAGCAUACGAACGUCAACGAUGGGGAUAUGUCUGAUUGCGACGUCACAUUGAAGAGAUCAUGCAAGUGUAAGGAACACUCGAAUGGUUAUAAAGAAUGUUUCUGCGUCAACUGCGGCAGGUACAUAUGCUACAGAUGCGGUGUAGUAGAGCAUGUACAAGAAGGACAUAAGGUAAAGGAAGCAGAAAGACAUAAAAGUGCCGUGAAAACAAGCAUUGAGGAGCUGAUAUCAAAAGCAGAGGCAAAGAAAGGCGACAUCGACAAACACAUUGCCUGUAUAACCGAACAACAGGACAAAUGCGAGAUGGAUGAGAAACAACUCCAUGACGAUGUCAACAAAGCUUUUGAAAGAUCUGUUGCCGAACUGAUAGAGCGUAAAGAGUUCCUGAAAAGUGAAGGAAGGCAAGAGCUAAAAGAGAUCAAAACGACAUUGCUAGGAAUGAAUGAGUCAUCUUGUCAGCAGAAAACACGGAUAAACACGCUUUGUGAGUUGGUAAAGAAUGGUCUGAGAUAUCCUCUGCAGAGUGUGGCUCUGAAAGCGCACAGCACCUUAUGUGAAGAACUAGAACAUCUCCUGGACCGAGCAGAACUUGAUCAGGAAGGGCUGAGAAGAAUGAAAGAGCAGCGUGAAUACAUUCGCUUUGAGAGUUACAAGGGAACGACUAAAAACAUGUUAGGCCAUGUUCGUACAGGAGAACCCAAAUGGACAUUGGUGGCAGACAUACAGCUACCAACAGCCAACAGCAUGACUAGUUUGGCAGCAUCACCUAACAAUACCAUGUCUGUAGGUUGCCAUACAGGAGGAAUAGUCAACUAUUCUGCUUCUGGUGUGAUACGAGGAAUAAUUCUGAAUAGUGUUGUAGUUCACAGUUUUCAAUAUAGGUCAGAUUGCUGCUACAUUGUGCUAAAUUCUAAGAACAAAAUUACCCUCUACACGCCGAAAGGUAAGAGACUUGAUUUGUCGUUUGUCACAUUGAGUCAUGAAGAGGGUGGAAACGGUAGCUUAACCCAAGAUAUAGAGGGCCACAUUUUCAUAAGUUACAGAAAACGAAAGCAGAUACAGGUCUUCAAUGCAGAAGGCGGGAAAUCAAUCAGAGAGAUUCAUUGUGAUGGUUAUGAACCUCGGCAGAUCUUUGCAAUGCCAAGACGCAACAGGAUCCUGGUGAAUGAUUCAAAUACCGUACGGGUGGUAAAUAGUUUGUCUGGUACCACUCUGCGUAGUAUCACCAAAGAUGACGUCAAUGCAUUCCCGUGUUUGGGUAAGGAUGAUACAGUUCUCAUUGCGUGGGUGAAUCAGAAGGAGGGCACGGUGAACAUCUCUCUCUACACGAGUGAGCUGAAAGUUACGAAAGCCAUUGUCAGCCACUUCAAAUUUCCAAUUCCAGAACGACAUUGGUACUAUCUUCAAACAUUCAGGAGCGGGGAGAUUGCCUUCUGCACAUCGGAUAGACUCUUCAUCAUCCGCGAAUCAUCUCGAUGAUAUUUCUUCAUUCAGUCACCAGCCCCCUGUGCAUUGGAUAUACAUAAUAAACGCUUACAACUAAUGCUUGGAUUAGAUUUGCUCCGGGCGCCGUACGAUAAGUCUACGAUUUUUCGUGCGAUUUUGGGGGCAUCGGAGGCCACGGGCUACGAUGUUUUACCUCGUUGACACUUGCCUGCAUUUUGGUCCCGCACUGCCCCGCCUUGUGGCGUGUCAAUGCGUGCCAAAAAGUGGCACGCAGGGUCACGUCUAAUUUACAAAUAGUUCACGCAAUGCGUAACCACCAGGACACGCAUUUGUAGACUAUGCGCAUGGCAUGCGAAAACUGCGCGGGAAGUAUGCGCAGCCAAUGCGCAAAUUGUGCGCAAAUUGGUCGUUAACUAGUCGUGAACAUGCGUGCCACUAGGCCAACGGAUACGCAUCGGGGCGCACUGGCGAGACUAGGCAGCGCAUAGGGUGCACAAAAUUCACGAAGUGUUCACGGACGUUGCCAAACAAAAUUGUCGUGCCAAAAUUUUAAACAUUUUGACAAUUCUGUCACGCAUUUCACGCACGGCCCGCAUUCGCCCGCAUCCUCCCGCACGCUACUACGAAUACUUCCCGCAUUGGCACGCAAGAGUAUAUCUAUGCGCAAACUAUGCGCAAACCAAAAUGCGGGCAAGUGUUACCGGGGCAUUAGUGUUUACAUUAUCUACGAGCAUCGUGCCAUUUCUUAUAUUGGCGCUCGGGGGAGGCUGGGGCAAAUCCGUACAGAGGGUGCUCGGAGGUUGUACGGAAAUCGUGCAAUUCCAAUGCAGUAGCCGUCUAGUAUCCGCAGCCUCCGCACGGAAAGAUUUUUAAAGCGUUUUUUGCCUCCAUGUUCACCGAAAAAUCGUGCGUUUGCUGCACGAUCAGCGCGAGUCCUCCGCGCGAUGCCCGUGCGGGCAUUGUGCAAUGAAACCUACGACAUGUCUACGGACUACGGGCUUACGAUUUUUCAAAUUUGUAUAACUUUCUGUGAAUCAAAAUCGUAGAGGCCGCGGAGCUUUGCGGAGCUCGUGAAUCCGUACGGCCGCCUCCUGCCUCCGUACGGAGGCCGCACGGAAAAGGGGAUACAGGCAGGAUACGGGCUCCGUAGACUAAUUGCAGGCCAAAUGCAAUCUAUGCAUAACUAGUAGGACUCUCAUACUGUUCAAGUGAUAUUCUCAAAGGUUAGAGUACUAAAGAAUGAUGAGAAUAUCAUGUAAAGAUUAAAAAAAAAACUAACGGAGAAAUACUGCGUAUGUACGGGCUUGAACAAAAUAUCCAGAUAGAAAUGGUUAAAGAAAGAAAGGCCUAAUACUCUGGCUAAGUUACAAUACAUCAGAGUCUCUUGAAAUAUUCAUAGAAAGGAAAAGACGAAGGUACCAGACCAAGAGGGAAAUCAUUAAUUAAUUGGGAGAGUGUAUAGGAUGGCAGAAAACAAAGGUGUGUGGAAAAUAUCGCAACCAACUCCCAAACUAAGAGAAGAUAAAUAGAGUUACAUCCGCCAAUGCGAGCACGACCAGAUGAUAGUAUUUUUUAUUUUAAGUUUUAAAAACAUGCACACAAGCAAACAAGCAAAUAGACAAUAAAGCUAUUCUAGUGGUGAUACUUGUGUGUCCUGUGGCGUAUACAGACCAUGUUUUCGGGAGGGGAAACAUAAUUUGUAUAUCAGCUUAUUGUGAGCAAUACAGUUACGAACAGAAACUAUUUAUCAAGGGGCGUGCGUUACAGGGAUAGCCCCAUCGCCGCAAAUUAAAUAUUUUAAGAAGAAACACUUUAAUAUUCUCAAUAUUAUUAUCAUUCUCAAUAUUCUCAAUUCUUCAAUAUACUCUCUAUACUCGUAAGUAAACUUCAUUCAUAUACGUGUAUUAUUUGGAAUAGAAGGACAAUUCAUUGUCAGCGCAUGAGAGAUAACAGAAAUAUCAAAUCCUUAAUAUGAGUAAAUAUAAUAAUAAUGUGCAAAAGGAAUAAAUCAAGAAUGUGAUGUCAUACCUUUUUAAAAAAUGAGAACAGAAGAUGAAACUGAACGUACAUGUAAGAUUAAAGAAAAAUAUUUCAUGAGUUUAUUUCAGCCAGAGCUGAACAAGUCUUAGUUCAACAUACAAUAAUGCGGUUAACAUAUGAAUCUGCAUGCAUAAUGUAUUUAUGAUAUAAAUGAUUUUGCUGAUAUAACAAAAAGAAAUCACAAGUAUAAUGAAGUACAAAUGGAGAUAUAGAUUGACAUGACAUGAUUUUGACUAUGAUGUAGAAAUACCUAAUAUGAUAAUUAUGUUGCCAAUCAACGCGCCACUUUCAAUUAGUGCAAUGCACUUAUACAUAUUGUUUGUAAUUUGUAAGUUUGAGUUCGCUAUCUAUGAUAACAAUAUAACAAUAGUGAUAGCUCCGUUGCCAAGACAGGCGCAAUUUUAGCGCAAUGCGA